CGGACACAUAUUCGUAGCAGAUCUGCAACGAAUCUGCGACGGAGUAAUAAUUUAUGAAAGAGGAACACUAUCUGCGACGGAACUUUUGUUUUUGUCGCAGAUCUGCUACGGAAUAAAAUGAGAUCCAGACAUCCAGACCCAGCCAUCUUCCGUCCACCCAACUUCGACCGACACAUCUCCUCCGCGGCUUUCCUAGACCGCCGGACGCCGUCGCACGGUUUGUUGACGUCGUGGCGCUCGUCCUCCUUGCCUCGCCGUCGACCGCGCAGCCAGUGUCUCCCUCCUCGCCUCGCCUUCGACAGCCAGUGUCUCCCUCCCUCCUCGCCGCCACCGCUAGUGUCUCCACCCCUCGCCGCCGCCAGUGUCUCGACCGCCAUCUUCCCCCACCCACCUGACCUCCUCUUCCUCUCAAGGGCCACUCCAAUCCUCCUCCCCAGCCGCUUCUCGAUGCCGCCCCUCAUUCCGUCCCUUUUCCUGUGCACCGGAAUUGGCUUUGAUUCCAUCUCGCAAACCCUAGGGCAGGUUCGAUUCUUCAAAGUGUCUUCGCGAUGAUUUUUAGUUGAUGUUUACUUGUUUAGAUUCUGGAUUAUGCAAGUGAUGCCAAUGUAUAUGGUCUGACGACCAUUCCUCAGUGUAAGACACUUAGGCACUCUCGCUUGUGGUUAAUUUUGUGUAUUUCUUGGUUCUGUUGUUUCAUCUUCGACUAAAGAACAAGAAUCUGAGCUCAAUUUUGUUCUUUUGUGGCUGUUUUGCUCUAUUGCAGAUCUCAAGUGACUUGGAAGCCUUUCUCACAUUCUUAAGUUGGUUCAUAUUUCCAUUCGAAAACUUGGACUUUUCAUGGCUAAUAAUUGGAUUCCAUUGAUGUUUGUGUGGUUUAAGUUUAGAGUACAUAGUUUGUAAAGGCUCCCUACCACCCACUGAAGCAGUAUAUGGUCCAAAGCAAUGAAGAAAAGAUGGAUUAGGGGCCUACAAGCUUCAUUACUGAUCAAUAUUUCUCGCGAUUGAAAUUGAAAAGGCCCAAUUCUUUGAACUGCGUGAGGAGGCUUGACAGAAUGGGCUUAAAGGCUAGACAGAAUGAGCUUGUAACUGACGAUUCAGGAGGAGAUAAGGAAGUUAUAUGGUGGUAACCUUCCUCUACGAGGCGAUGAUGAUGGAACG